AUGGUGCCGAGUUUGGAUUUGGAGACUGCGGUACAGAUAAUAUCUUCACUAGAGGCCCAAUUGAGCGAGCUUGAAAUCGCCUCUAAGGAGUAUGAAAACGAUUUAGAACAGGUCAUCUCCAACCUAAAAAAUGACCUUAUAGAGAGCAACAAGCAAAACAAGUGUAACAAAAAGCAAAUAACCGAGUUGGAGAUAGAGGUAGACGAAUUGGAAAAUGAGAAUAUCCAGCUGAGAAGCAAAAUAGAAACGGUGCAAUUGGAAAGCGACCGACGACUAGAACGCAAUGUUCUGCUAGAACACGAGCUACUCGACACGAGGGACGCUCUACAAAGGCUAAGGGUCAACAAGGAAGAAGCCACCGACGACGAGGCUAAAAGGAACAACGGGCCGCCUCUCAGUCAAAACAAAAAGAUAAAGCUGUUCAAGGAUACUAUCAAAGUCUCCACCACACGCUCGACUUUGUACCUACAAAACAUGACGAAAUGUGGCGGCAACGCCCUCAUGAACCACUGUAACAUCCCAAAUACCCAGAUCACGCAAUCGACCGUGAUAGCAACAACGUCUUCCGUUUGA